ACCAAAGCCCUGAUUGGGCGAAACGGACCACUCUAAAAACAUGGCGGCGGCGAGCGUGGCGGCGGUAACGGUGGCGGCCGGGGCCGGCUUGGCGAGUGCGGACUUCUCCGACCUGCGGACCAUCAAGAAGCAGCUGCUGGACGUGGCAGAGCGGAGCCGGGAGCGCGGCCUGCAGCACAGCGGGAAAUGGGCCUCGGAGCUGGCAUUUGCCCUGGACCCUCUGCCCUUGAAUGAGCUGCCGCCUGCGCCUGCACUCACAGAGGAAGAUGCUCGUGACUUAGACGCCUACACACUUGCUAAAUCUUACUUUGAUCUCAAAGAAUAUGAUAGGGCUGCUUACUUUCUCCGGGGCUGCAAGAGCCAGAAGGCCUACUUCUUAUAUAUGUAUUCUAGAUACCUGUCAGGUGAAAAGAAGAAGGAUGACGAGACAGUGGAUAGUCUGGGUCCCUUAGAGAAGGGACAGGUGAAAAAUGAAGUUUUGAGGGAGUUACGGGUAGAGCUUAGCAAGAAACAUAAAGCCCGAGAGCUGGAUGGAUUCGGCCUUUAUCUGUACGGGGUUGUAUUACGAAAGCUUGACCUAGUGAAGGAGGCCAUUGAUGUCUUUGUGGAAGCUACCCAUGUUUUGCCCUUGCAUUGGGGGGCCUGGCUGGAGCUGUGCAACUUGAUUACAGACAAAGAAAUGCUGAAGUUCCUGUCCUUGCCAGAUACCUGGAUGAAGGAGUUCUUUUUGGCACACAUCUACACAGAACUGCAGCUGAUAGAGGAAGCCUUGCAGAAGUAUCAGAGCCUUAUUGAUGCAGGAUUCUCCAAAAGCACCUACAUUAUCUCCCAGAUUGCAGUGGCUUAUCACAAUAUCAGAGAUAUUGAUAAAGCGUUGUCCAUCUUCAAUGAACUACGAAAACAAGAUCCUUAUAGGAUAGAAAAUAUGGACACCUUUUCUAAUCUGCUGUAUGUUAGGGGAAUGAAGCCUGAGUUGAGCUAUCUGGCCCACAACCUGUGUGAGAUUGACAAGUACCGUGUUGAGACCUGCUGUGUGAUUGGAAAUUACUAUAGUUUACGUUCCCAACAUGAGAAGGCAGCACUUUAUUUCCAGAGGGCAUUAAAACUGAAUCCCCGAUACCUGGGAGCAUGGACUCUCAUGGGGCAUGAAUACAUGGAGAUGAAAAAUACAUCAGCAGCUAUUCAGGCAUACAGACAUGCCAUAGAAGUUAAUAAAAGAGACUACAGAGCAUGGUAUGGACUGGGACAAACAUAUGAAAUUCUUAAGAUGCCUUUUUAUUGCCUCUAUUACUAUCGACGAGCCCAUCAGCUCAGACCCAAUGAUUCACGAAUGCUGGUUGCUCUUGGAGAAUGUUAUGAGAAAUUAAAUCAGCUAGUAGAAGCUAAAAAGUGUUACUGGAGAGCAUAUGCUGUUGGAGAUGUGGAAAAAAUGGCACUGGUGAAAUUAGCAAAGCUUCAUGAACAGUUGAAUGAGUCGGAGCAAGCGGCUCAGUGUUAUAUCAAAUACAUCCAAGAUAUACAUUCCUGUGGGGAGAUUGUGGAGCAUCUGGAAGUGAGCACUGCCUUCCGCUACUUGGCUCAGUAUUAUUUCAAGUGCAAACUCUGGGAUGAAGCUUCAGCGUGUGCCCAGAAAUGCUGCGCAUUUAAUGAUACCAGAGAAGAAGGGAAGGCCCUCCUGCGACAAAUCCUUCAGCUAAGGAAUCAAGGAGAGACAUCCUCUACAGAAAUUGCCACACCCUUCUUACUUCCAUCCUCAUUGUCUGCCAAUAAUACUCCAACACGCCGUGUGUCACCACUGAACUUGUCAAAUAUUACACCUUAAACCAUGCCUACCUUUCUAAACUGUCUUGAGCCAAAAGAAUAAUCCAGCUGGAACCUGGAUGUCUCCUCCUAAUGCUGGCUCUCUAGAAUGGGGUUUAUAGUCUGCACUGAAUGCUGGUAGCUCCUUAUUGAGGCAGUUGUUGUACAGCAGCUGUAUCCAGAAUGAGCUGAAUACUCAUCAACCCUUUCUUCUUGGAAUGAGAUGUCAUACUAGUUAAGAAGACAAUUUUCCCUACAUCAAAACAUGUUUAAAUUGUUUUUCUGCCUUUCCUAGGUAAUCAUCACAACAUGAUAGUUACUAAUGUGUUGAAUAUAUAUAACUCAUGACAAGAAAUAGUGCCUUGCUCUUUAUUUCAAGAUGCAAGAAUGGGUUAUUGAGCUGCUGGUCCCUUUUCACCUUUCAACAAACCAAGCUGCCUUGGGUUAGUAGUCUAGGAGCCAUAUAAAUAGCACAACAUAACAUAAUGAAGAAAGGCCUGGUUUAAAAGCUGGUCACUAAUCAGUGAGAAUGCUCAUCUGUUGUACAGCCUAAUAACAUGGAAUAUUAUUUUUGUUCAGAUAAUUGGUUCUUGAUAGAUGAGACAAACGCCUGUUUGGUUUGUUGUGGCUAUAAGCAGAUCUCUUCCUUCAAAGUGGCUCUACACAGUUCUUUGUAGAGGAGCUGAUAUCUAUUAAACUGAUGCUCUUCUUGGGAUGCAUAGUGGAGACUGAGUAUGCUCUUGUAACUUAAUGGCUGUGGCCAUUCUUGAGUGUCACACAACAGAAUGUCUUUGUAUGUAUGAGCUUACUCAAGUCAACCGUGGAAAGUGCAGAGGAAGCCAAAAAAGGACUUGUAUAGAUAGUAAUAUUAAAAUAACCUUGCAUUCUACUUCUGUCAUUACAUUUUUAUCAGUACAUUUCAUUGUAACUUGUUUGAUAAAAAAAAAUGUGGCUUCUUUUUUGCA